GCUCUGAUGUGGUGUGGUCGGUUGCCCUGCUGCCCGCCGGUUGGCCCUCCCGUUUGCCCAUUUGCUGGCUUUCCUCCUCACCUGUUUUCCUCCUCACCACCUGGGAUGAUGGGGGGGCGACCACGGUGUGUGUACGCCUGCUUUUAUGGACUUAGUGGGCUUGUGUUAGCAUACUAACACCUAGCAUGAUAGUGCUAAGUGUUCAUAUGUGUCUAUCCAUUAAUAUAUAAAAAUUAUAGUAUGCUAAUGUUAGCAUGCUACUAAUGCUAACAUGCUAAAAGCACAUCUGACCUGAAGUGCCUCGGAUUUGCUCCUGCCCUUGUGCGGAAGGCGAGUCCCCGAGUGUGUCAUUCUUACUGGCACAUUUAACUGUUGAAAUUGAGCUAUUGUUUCUGAGACUUGUUUAGAAGCAUUAAAGAUAACCAACCAAAGGUGACAAAAUCCUUCAUAUUCAAAGAAUGAAUGAAUGAAUGUUUAGUUAGCUGGAUAGCUGAAAACAACUUUUCUUGACAACACCAUGUCUAAACCCAAUUAGGUGGUGCAAGACCAAGCUUCUCCUGUUUCAAGUGCGCACACCUCCCUACCUGGCUACUCUGUGCAAAGGGUUAAGCCUCCCCCUCGAAGGGAUGAGACUUGGAAGCCAGGGCCGAGGGAAAAUCACCCAGGUUUUCACUGCCUACUCUGUCGGGACAGCCCAAUAAGUUGAGCUGUAAAACAGCUGCAGUACAUCCAGAAUGCUGCUGCUCAAGUCACGACUAGAACCAGUAAAUAUGAGCAUAUUAGACCACUACUCAGGUCUCUGCACUGGCUUCCUGUCGCUCAGAGCAUAGACUUUUAAAACAGCUCUGCUUGUGUACAAGUCUUUUCACGGUCUAGAUGGCCAAAGUACAUCUCUGACAUGUUAAGCCAUCUCUAUCUAUUCGUACUAGUGCCAUUUGCCCAUGGCUGGGACCCUGUCAGGUGCUAUCACUCCGGGUCAGAGUGAACCUGGGAGCAAUGGUGAUUAUGAGGUAAUGCCAACUAACCCCAGCCCUCAGAGCUUGCUACAAUGGAUAGCACAUUAGCCACCUAGCUAGUCAAUGAAUGAAUGAAUGUUUGGCUAGCUGUAUAGCUGAAUAUGACAUUGCCUCAAAUUGUAUUGACAUCACAACAGCUAUUUACAAAGCCUUCCUUCAUCAGCGCUUUAUCUCGAGCAGUCUGCGAUACCGCCGCAAGAUGGCAGCAGUGUGACGUCGUGGGCCCUUAGUUGUCGUAAAACCAUCGAAGAAGAAAAAGGCGGCCAUUAGCAACGUUUCAAGUCAGACGCCAGGCAAAGGGAGAAGUCGACGCAGUUCCAUCGAGUAAACAAGCAUUGAAAAUGUUGAAAGAGUUGGUUAAGGAGCGACUCAUGGCUGCAGCCGAUGAAAUAUUGGCGCUGGUUGAAAGAACGAUAGCGUCGUAUGAGGAGGAACUUUCCCGAACGAGAGAGGAGAAGGAGUUACAUCGACAAAAGCAGGGAGCUGUUAGCAAGACUCACAUUGUGUUACACAUUGAAGACGUCCAGCAGCUGAUUGGUCGUCAAGAAGAACCUCUCCCUCAGCCACAGGUGAGGAGCUCCACUUUCAAGCAGGGGGAGCCUCAGCCCCCUCACAUUAAAGAGGAAGAGUAUCCCCAGGCCCCUCACAUUAAGGAAGAAGAGGAGGAGCUUUCGACCACUCAGGAGGGAGAGUGUCUUCCAGGGCCGGAUGAGGCUCAUCUCACCAAGUUGCCACCAACUGGCGUCUCUGUGAAGACUGAAGAGCAUGAACACAAACCAUCUGAUUCUUCACAGCUUCAUCACAAUCCAAAUGAGGAGAACAGAGGGGCGGAGCCUCCAAGGAGCAGCAGCUCACCACAACACAUGGCAACAGAAGCUGAUGGAGACCACUGUGGAGGAUCACAAGCAGACAAGCUCUUAGAUCCACUGUCAGAUAAUGACAACACAACGUCACACUCUCCUGAGGAUGGAGACUGGGACCACACCCAAGAAGCUUUGAGCAGCGAUACAGACUGUGAAGGUGAUAUGAGGACUCAGACUGACAACAAACACUCUGAAUGCUCUAAAAAGAAGACAGGUAAAAAACGUUUGGCCUGUUCAGAAAGAUUUUCUCUAAAAUGCAAUUUGACUCAACAAAUGUUGACGCAUACGGGAGAAAAACCUUUUACUUGUUCAGUUUGUGACAAUACAUUUACUCAAAGGUCCACUUUGAAACAACACAUGACAAUUCACACUGGAGAAAAACCUUUUAGCUGUUCAGUUUGUGACAAACGAUUCUCUCGAAAGUCAAACAUGGAAUCACACAUGGCAACUCACACUAGAGAAAAACCAUACAGUUGUUCAGUUUGUGGUGAUAAAUUUUCUUUAAGGUACUAUUUGAAAAGACACAUGAAAAGUCACACUGGAGAAAAACCUUACAGUUGUUCAGUAUGUGGUGAUAAAUUUACUUUAAGGUACUAUUUGAAAAGACACACGAAAACUCACACUGGAGAAAAACCUUUCAGUUGUUCAGUUUGUGGCAAUAAAUUUUCUUUAAAGUCCUCUAUGACAAGACACAUGACAGCGCACACUGGAGAAAAACCUUUUAGUUGUUCAAUGUGUGGUCAAGAAUUCACUCGUAAGGACAGCAUGGUACAUCACGUGAGAAGACACAGAGGAAAAAGAGCUUGUAGAGAAGGGUUGGAGUCAGCGUCAGAUAAAAAGAGGCCUGUCACGAUAACAAAUUUUGCUGGUCGAUAAUUGUGAUAUAAGUUAUCGUCAAUAAUCAGUAAUAUUGUUUUUUCAUUAAUUCGUUGUGUCGUGUCACAUUUGAACCACUAGAUGGUAGUCAAGUAUAGUGUAGCUGUGUGAAGUUGCCAAGUGAUGCACUCAGGAGUCGGUGAGAAAGAGGUAACUCUUUAUUUUGCAAGCAGAGUAACAGCACAGCUCACAAUGAACUUCUCAACCCCAUUGAAAUGUAGACCGUCUCAGUUAAGAAAAAAAACUACAUGCAAUGUUGCUGAUUGUCCUUCCACACGUCCUCGUUCAGCUCAGGAACCGCUACCCGCGACAUUGUGUUGCGCCACCUCCUACUCCCUUCUAACUCCAAGCUACCACACCUCGUCUUGCUCUCUGCCUCUAUGAGGAUUUCCGCUUCCGUCGGGGGAAAGUAUGCCACUCUUGUUGCCAUGGUGAAUCGGUGACUCUGUGACUCCGCACUAUCCGGGAUUGGUUUCACCUGGUUGGGUUAAUCAGUGUCUACUCAUCCUGCCUUGGGCUUUGUGCAGCCAAUUAAGCCUAUAAACCACAUGUGUCAAACUCGUGCCCCGGAGUGCCCAGACGCUGCAGGUUUUCUGUCCAACCAGUUUCUUCAGCAGGUGAUUUAAUUGAUGAGCUCCUCCCCUGAAACUGAAGGUGUUGAUCAUUAAAAUCACCUGCUUUAGUGACUGGCUGGAAAGAAAACCUGCAGUGUCUCGGCCCUCCAUGGCACGAGUUUGACACCCCUGCUAUAAACUCUUGCUUUGGGUUGGUUGAGCUCAGAUUAGUAAUUUGUCCAGGAUUUCUGUAUCCUAGUUUUGUGCAAUAGGCCCCAGCAUCCUCUAGUGACCAAAGCAAGUAGUGAUGCAGACUGUGAAGGUGACAUGAGGACUCACACUGACAAUAAAAACACUCUGAAUGCUCUAAAAAGAAGACCGGUAAAAAAACGUAUGACCUGCUCAGAAAGAUUUUCUCUAAAAUGCAAUUUGACUCAACAAAUGUUGACACACAUGGGAGAAAAACCUUUUAGUUGUUCAGUUUGUGACAAAGGAUUCUCUCGAAAGUCACACAUGGAAUCACACAUGGCACCUCACAACAGAGAAAAACGUUACAGUUCAGUUUGUGGGGAAACAUUUUCCUUGAAGUCCAAUUUGGCAAAACACAUGAGAACUCACACUGGAGAAAAACUUUUUAGUUGUUGAGUUUGUGGUCAAGAAUUCACUCGUAAGGACAGCAUGAGAAGACACGGAGGAAAAAAAGCCAAAAGGGUUGGGGUCAAACUCAGAUCAGAAUAACACAAACGAUGAUGUGUGAAAUUCAAUGAGCAGCAGAGACAUAAUUGGAACCAAAAAAACUUUGGGUGGUCUUUCUGACAUUCAUCCAUACAAUAGAUAACUAAUGCAAUCAGUAUCAAAUAUGUAUUGUUAUGCUAUUUACAUUUUUGUCAUGCUGCUGUCAAAGAUAAAUAAACAACGAUGAAACAGGUGUGGAAAUGAAGUGGUGAUUUUGAGACCCCCCAAGCAAGUUUUCUGAACCGACGCCGUCUUGGCUGUGACAUCACGACCAGAACACGUUCCAGGAACCAGAUUCAAACACAUGCAGUCAUGAACCUGACAGCAGAGCCAAGAAAGUGACAUUCACAACAAUAACAUUCACUGAUAUUGUUUUGUGAUAACUGAUAUGACAUACGUCAGUACGUGACACUGACGGCUCGAGGCACACUGCAAAAUAAAAGAGCAGUGAGCAGGGAUCUCUGCUUAUCUAGCCCUGGCAUGAAAGCCCAUACUAUGAUUCUCAGAUUCCUAGAAUAGAUCUAGUGAAAAAAUACAGAUUUACUGAAACUGACAGAUGCACUGCAAGAUAGGUUAGAAAGACGAGUGACAGCAAGUGUAGAAGACUUACUGGUGACACGGCAACCAGGUGCAAACAAGCACAGCCAUGGACGUACGCCAAGAAAGUGACAUACAGUCAAACCUGUCUUAGCGGCCACCUUUAUAGAACGGCCACCUGCCUAUAGCAGCCACCGAAAAAUCCCCCCCAGCAAAUUUACAUGUUAUAGAC